AUGAUAAUUCUUUUGAGUCCAGAUUGCAGUUAUCUCAUUAAUUAUGCUCGUCAACUAUUAAAAUACUUCGUAAUGAGUUUUCAAAAUAUUUAUGGUGCACAAUUUGUGUCCCAUAAAGUUCAUGGAUUACUACAUCUUUGUGAUGAUUAUGAACACUAUGGCCCACUUCAUAACUGUUCAACAUUUAUGUUUGAAAAUUAUAUGAAAGAACUAAAGUCAUUUGUAAGAAAACACGAUAAGCCAUUACAACAGGUUAUAAAUAGAGACAAUGAAAAAUGCUAUGCUAGUACCACAAAUUCAAGAAAAAAUAAUGAAGAAUUUAUUCUGAAACCUUCAUUGCAACAUAUUUAA